AUGACAAAGGGAGAUUAUAGACUCGAUGUGUCGUGGGACCAACAUAAAGUUCUGACAUUAGGAACUGGAGGAAAACCGUCAUGGAGAAUGAUCAAGUGUUCCAUACCCCAUUACACUCUAAUGGAACCGAUUUGCAUCAAUGGUGUUUUGUAUUACAUUUCUAUUAAAUGGUCUACAAAGACUUGUGGAAUCGUGUGCUUUGAUGUUAGAUCAGAGAGUUUCAGCUUUAUGGAAGCCAAGGGAUCUCUCAAUGGAGAUUUGCUUACUGGAGGAACUCUGCUAAACUACAAUGGCAAGUUAGAAGAUGUGGAGAAACAGGAAUGGUCUGAGCGUAUAUACGUAUUGCCUGCUGUGUGGAAGGACGUAGUUGGAGAAUAUGAUUUAAGCUUUGUUGGAGUGACUCGGACAAAUGAGAUUGCGUUCUCGUCGUUCUAUCAAACAAACCCUUUUUACCUUUGCUAUCUUAAUCUCGAGAGGAACACUGUCGUAAGAGUUGAAAUCCAAGGAAUGGAUACGUCUAACUGUUGGGGCCUGACUGGUUUAACCGCUGCGGUUGCGGUUGCGGGUGCGGGAGUUUGCGGAAGCGGGCGGUUGUGA